AUGAGGAAAGAGAAUCACACUUUGGUGAGUGAGUUUAUUUUUCAAGGUUUCUCCAGCUUCCAUGAGCACCAGCUCACCUUCUUUGUAGUGUUCCUUGCACUAUACAUAUUAACCCUGGCAGGCAAUGCCAUCAUUGUGACCAUCAUCGGUCUUGAUCGUCACCUCCACACCCCCAUGUACUUCUUUCUCAGUAUGCUCUCAGCAUCAGAGACUCUGUACACACUUGUCAUUAUACCCAGGAUGCUCUUUAACCUCAUAGGUCUGAGUCAGCCCAUCUCCUUGACAGGCUGUGCCACUCAAAUGUUCUUCUUUAUCACUCUGGCCAUCAACAACUGCUUCUUGCUCACAGCAAUGGGGUACGACCGCUAUGUGGCUAUUUGCAACCCCUUGAGGUACUCGGUCAUCAUGAGCAAGAGAGUGUGUGCACAGCUGGUGUGGGGGGCCUGCAGCAUUGGGCUGAUUGUAGCAGUGACACAGGUGUCAGCUGUGUUCAGGCUGCCCUUCUGUGCUACAAAGGUAGCCCACUUCUUCUGUGACAUCCGACCCGUGAUGAAGCUCUCCUGCAUUGAUACCACUGUCAAUGAGAUCCUUACUUUGAUCAUAAGUGUGCUGGUGAUCCUGAUUCCCAUGGGCUUGGUCUUCAUCUCCUACAUCCUCAUCAUCUCUGCCAUCCUCAAGAUUGCCUCUGCUGAGGGCAGAAAGAAAGCCUUUGCCACCUGUGCCUCCCACCUCACUGUGGUCAUUGUCCACUACGGCUGUGCCUCCAUUGCCUACCUCAAGCCCAAGUCAGAGAACACCAGGGAUCAAGACCAGCUGAUCUCUGUAACCUACACUGUCAUUACUCCCCUACUGAACCCUGUGGUGUACACCCUGAGGAACAAAGAGGUCAAAGCUGCUCUGUGCAGAGCUAUCAGCUGA